UCGGGCAGGUUGGCGGCGCCGCGGGAACCCACCGACGGCGCGGGCGACUGGUCCCCGCGCUGCGGAGGCGCGGGCGGCCCUGGGGCCAUGGAGCCUGGUGACGCGGCGCGCCUCGGCCUGGGGCGCGCGGCCCGCGCGCUGCCACCGCGGCUGCUGCUGCUGCCGCUGCUGCUGGGUCGGGGGCUGCGAACGGCGGCCGCGGCCUCCUCCUCUGGGGCGGCGGCCGAGGACAGCAGCGCCAUGGAGGAGCUCGCCACCGAGAAGGAGGCGGAGGAGAGCCACCGGCAAGACAGCGUGAGCCUGCUCACCUUCAUCCUGCUGCUCACGCUCACCAUCCUCACCAUCUGGCUCUUCAAGCACCGCCGGGUGCGCUUCCUGCACGAGACCGGGCUGGCCAUGAUCUACGGGCUCAUCGUCGGGGUGAUCCUGAGGUACGGCACCCCUGCCACCAGCGGCCAUGACAAGUCACUCAGCUGCACUCAGGAAGACAGGGCCUUCAGCACCUUAUUAGUGAAUGUCAGUGGGAAGUUCUUCGAAUACACCCUGAAAGGAGAAAUCAGCCCUGGCAAGAUCAACAGUGUAGAGCAGAAUGACAUGCUGAGGAAGGUAACAUUUGAUCCAGAGGUCUUUUUCAACAUUCUGCUGCCUCCAAUUAUUUUCCAUGCUGGAUACAGUUUAAAGAAGAGACACUUUUUCAGAAAUCUUGGGUCUAUUCUGGCCUAUGCCUUCUUGGGGACUGCUGUUUCUUGCUUCAUUAUCGGAAAUCUCAUGUAUGGUGUGGUGAAGCUCAUGAAGAUUGUGGGGCAGCUCUCAGAUAAAUUUUACUACACAGAUUGUCUCUUUUUUGGAGCAAUUAUCUCUGCUACUGACCCAGUGACUGUACUGGCGAUAUUUAAUGAAUUGCAUGCAGAUGUGGACCUUUAUGCACUUCUGUUUGGAGAAAGCGUCCUGAAUGAUGCUGUUGCCAUUGUCCUCUCCUCGUCUAUUGUUGCCUACCAGCCAGCGGGGCUGAACACUCACGCCUUUGAUGCUGCGGCCUUUUUCAAGUCCGUUGGCAUCUUUCUAGGUAUAUUUAGUGGCUCUUUUACCAUGGGAGCUGUGACUGGUGUUGUAACUGCUCUAGUGACCAAGUUUACCAAGCUGCAUUGCUUCCCCCUGCUGGAGACGGCACUCUUCUUCUUGAUGUCCUGGAGCACGUUCCUUUUGGCAGAGGCCUGUGGGUUUACAGGCGUUGUAGCUGUGCUUUUCUGUGGAAUCACACAAGCUCAUUACACGUACAACAAUCUGUCGGUGGAAUCAAGAAGUCGAACAAAGCAGCUCUUUGAGGUGUUACACUUCCUGGCAGAGAACUUCAUCUUCUCCUACAUGGGCCUGGCGCUAUUUACCUUCCAGAAGCACGUUUUCAGCCCCGUUUUCAUCAUUGGAGCUUUUGUUGCCAUCUUCCUGGGCAGAGCUGCACAUAUCUACCCGCUCUCCUUCUUCCUCAACUUGGGCAGAAGGCAUAAGAUUGGCUGGAAUUUUCAACACAUGAUGAUGUUUUCAGGCCUCAGGGGAGCGAUGGCAUUUGCGCUGGCCAUCCGAGACACGGCAUCCUACGCUCGCCAGAUGAUGUUCACGACCACUCUCCUCAUUGUCUUCUUCACCGUCUGGAUCAUUGGUGGAGGCACAACGCCCAUGUUGUCAUGGCUUAAUAUAAGAGUUGGCGUCGAGGAGCCCACCGAAGAGGACCAGAACGAACACCGCUGGCAGUACUUCAGAGUUGGUGUUGACCCAGAUCAAGAUCCACCACCCAACAACGACAGCUUUCAAGUCUUACAAGGGGAUGGUCCAGAUUCUGCCACAGGAAACCGGACAAAGCAGGAGAGUGCGUGGCUGUUCAGGCUGUGGUACAGCUUUGACCACAAUUACUUGAAGCCCAUCCUCACACACAGUGGCCCCCCGUUAACGACCACUCUCCCGGCCUGGUGUGGCUUGCUCGCUCGAUGUCUGACCAGUCCCCAGGUGUACGACAACCAAGAGCCACUGAGAGAGGAAGACUCCGAUUUCAUCCUGACUGAGGGUGACCUCACCUUGACCUACGGGGACAGCACAGUGACUGCGAAUGGCUCCUCAGGCUCCCACACAGCCUCCACAAGCCUCGAGGGUGGUCGGAGAACAAAGAGCAGCUCCGAGGAGGUGCUGGAACGAGACCUGGGAAUGGGAGACCAGAAGGUUUCCAGCCGGGGCACCCGCCUGGUGUUCCCCCUGGAUGAUAAUGCAUGACGCCCCCCAAACCCUGAGGCGAAGGGGUCGGCCCACCCAGGUGGGGUGAGGAGGGUUGCUAGCCCCAGUGUUGUGUGAGGCGGGGCAUUGACUGAAUGGAACUAACGCUCCUGUUUUAUUGAGGUCUGAAGAUAUCUUAACAUUUAAAACUUAACCCAAGAUGCAGCUGGUGGGGCUGAAGUGUCCCUAAGUCAAGACAAAUGCAGACCUAUUCCUACUUUUCCACAUAGUAGUGCACUGUUCAGAGUUAAACACCACAACGAUAGCAUGCUUUACCGGUCUCUCCCUUCAGUCGCCUGCAGCAUCUGAACAAGGUGUGGCAGGCGCUGGGACCUGCUCCCAGGAGAGGCUUCCUAUCCAUACGCAGCAGUGCAAGCCUAGCUGGCUGUGGAAAUGGCAAGUUCGGGGAGAACAGGCUAGAGGAAAGAUGGUGAAGGAAGGCAAUUGAGAUUGGCCCUCCAAGGAUUAUGGGAAGCCGGUCUUACAUGGGACAGAAAACACGAACAAGCAAUUUGAGUGGAGGCUCCGGGCCCGAGGGCUGCGUGACCGCAGCCUCAGGUCAGGAUUCCUGACUUCCGUUGCUCCCUGUGUCUGCUCUAGACUGAAGACUGGAAAAUAUAUCCAUGAACAUUUCAACGUGGAGGCAAGAAUUAUAAUUCCUUCUGGAAAUCUCCAUAAAGAACAAGUGACUGAAAUGUUUUAAACCAAAGGCAAAAUAGUGUUAUAUUGUUGUUUUUUAAUUAACCUGAGGUUAGGAGAAACUGUUUAGACACUGAUGAUGAUAUCACUGCAAAAACCAGUCAGUUCUUGAGGGCUACCAUAUGAGCUGACUGCCUGGGAACUGAUUAAUAGGACUGAGAUAUCUACUGUGGGUUUAGAGAUAACACCAAAAUUUGUGGGAUACUUUUUUCUGGGGAAGAGAAGGCAGCAAGAAGCCUAAGAGGCAAUAGGCUAUUAUUCAGAGGGAAGAAAUCUCACUGUGAAAAAACUAACUGCAAAGAAAA